UAUGGAUGAAUGGAAAGAAGAAUUAGAAGAAUAUCUGACAUGCAUAGAUGACCUGCCUAUUAAUAGUAUCAACAGAAGUCAAAAAUUUUGGAAAAGAGAACCUUGCCCAGAGAAUUUGUUCUCUUCAGAUGUUUGUCCUUGUCAAACCAAGAUAGAUGUAGUGAGAAAUCCUACCACCGGUGUAUUGUUAGGUUAUAAAGAGGAAUAUCUUGCUAAUAUCAGUGAAAAUGCCAGAAAUUCAUUGUCCCUUAAAAGACAACCUGGACCAGUUAUGUUGGAUGUCAGGGGAUACAGCACACAUAAUCCUUUCUGGCCAGGAGGUCUAGAUGAACCAGAUAUAGAUAACUUGAAUGAAAAUUCUUCAUUUGAUAAUUUACUUCUGGAAAAAGAUUUUCUAACAGUAGCCCCUGGUAUGAGUUCUGGAAUGACAUUUAAGACUACAAAUUCCAAAGAAGAGUCUAGUCUAGAAGUGCCAACCUUAGAAGAGACCACACCCACUGUUAUAAAUCUAACAGAUAUCCUGACCCAGGACUUUGAUGAUUUAGGCGACUGGGAUAAAGAUGAAGAAGAGGUUAAAGUGGCUUCUGAAGAGGAGACAAGUGAACCAAUCACAGUAUCUGGAAGUGAAAAUAUUGAUGAAAUUGUCUCUGCUACAAUUCCUACUAGCAAUGCAGCUGAAACUAAACCUGCACCAGCCCCAGUCAAGGAGGAAUGGGCCAUUAAUGUGGAUAUAGAUCACCCAGUGGAUGACUUCUACAAGAGGAUUCCUGAUAUGGCCUAUAAGUGGCCCUUUGAAUUGGAUGUCUUCCAGAAGCAAGCUAUACUUCACUUAGAGAAUCAUGAUAGUGUCUUUAUAGCAGCACACACAUCAGCUGGGAAGACUGUUAUAGCUGAAUAUGCUAUUGCCCUGUCACUCAAACACAUGACAAGGACAAUUUACACAUCUCCAAUCAAAGCUUUGUCAAACCAAAAGUACAGAGACUUUAAACAGACCUUUGUUGAUGUGGGAUUGAUAACAGGAGAUGUUCAGAUCCAUCAAGAAAGUGCAUGUCUUAUAAUGACCACUGAAAUUCUCAGGUCAAUGUUAUACAAUGGAUCAGAUGUGAUCAGAGAUCUGGAAUGGGUCAUCUUUGAUGAGGUACAUUACAUAAAUGAUGCUGAGAGAGGAGUUGUGUGGGAGGAAGUACUCAUCAUGUUGCCUCAGCAUGUAAACAUCAUUUUACUGAGUGCUACUGUACCCAAUACCCUAGAGUUUGCAGAUUGGAUUGGGAGAACAAAAAGGAAGAAGAUUUAUGUGAUUAGUACCCUUAAGAGACCAGUACCUUUGGAGCAUUAUCUAUACACAGGAAACAGUAAUAAAACUAGCAGUCAAUUAUUCCUUAUACUGGAUCAUAAGAAACAAUUCCAGAUUGGAGGGUAUAACAAGGCAGUGGAUGCCAAGAAAGAACGAACUAGUAAGGCAUCACAAAAUUUUGGAGCAAAAGGACAAAGGGGAGGUCAUCCAAAUCAGGACAAAAAUAUCUGGAUUUCCCUGAUUGAUAUGUUGAAAAAGAAGGACAAACUACCUGUGGUAUCAUUUAUAUUCUCUAAGAAGAGAAUAGAAGAAACAGCAAAUAAUCUGGGAAGUUUGGAUCUUACUGACCAGAAGGAAAAAAGUGAAAUACAUAUAUUCUUUCAUAAAUCUAUUAAUAGAUUGAAAGGAACUGAUCAGAAACUCCCUCAGAUAACACAGAUGGAAGACAUACUUAAGAGAGGACUCGGUGUCCAUCACAGUGGGAUAUUACCAAUACUAAAAGAAGUAGUAGAAAUGUUGUUCCAGAAAGGUCUAGUCAAGGUUCUGUUUGCAACUGAGACAUUUGCUAUGGGGUUAAAUAUGCCAGCCAGAACAGUUGUGUUUGAUACGGCACGUAAACAUGAUGGCACAGGGUUCCGUGACCUACUUCCUGGAGAGUAUAUACAAAUGGCAGGGCGUGCUGGAAGACGUGGACUUGAUACAACAGGAACUGUUAUAAUGCUCUGUAAAGGAGAUAUUCCAGUGGUAUCAGAUCUACAGAAAAUGAUGUUGGGAAAACCAACCAAACUGGAAUCUCAGUUCCGACUGACAUAUUCUAUGAUACUAAAUCUACUUAGAGUUGAACAGCUGAAAGUUGAGGACAUGAUUAAAAGAAGUUUUUCUGAGUUUCAUUCACAGAAGGAUAAAGUUAAACAUAAAGAGGACAUGGAUAAACUGUAUAAAGAAAUAGCUAAAGUAAAAGAUAUAGAGUGUUAUAUGUGUUCUAUAGACUUAGAAAUGUAUUACCAAACUUGUAAAGAUUAUCACCAGCUCAAGAAAAAAAUACAGGCUGUUGUUUUGUCUCAUCCAGCAGCCAUUAAAUCACUUACAGCUGGACGUGUUAUUGUAAUUAAUGACAACCUACGCAAAAAUGUUGUCGCUGUUGUAUUGAACUCAUCAGUAGGUACAAACAAUGAAAGGGCAUUCACUUGCUUAGCAAUAUGUGAGAAAAGGGGAGUAACUCUUUCUAAAGAGGAUCUGACUAAAUAUGAUAAAAUAUCUCCAGUGUUGGGAAAUACGCUAUUUAUACCUGAAAGUCCAUGCUGGCAUGAGUUAGUUCAAGUGAAAGCUGCAAAUGUUAGCAUUGUUACUACCAAGACCAUAAGAGUUGAUGCAGAUAAAAUAAUUAAUGACUUAAAGAAAAGACAACAGCCUAGAUUUAAAGAUGAUCCUCCUGGCCAAUCAGUUUCUAUAGCAACCCAAGAAUUGUUACGUUUAACAGAAACUAAUUCUGACGGCCUACCAGGACUGGACCCUGUUAAAGAUUUGCAUAUCCGAGACAUUGAAUUAGUAGAACAAUUUAGAUCUAUACAGGCUAUGGAGCAGACAUUUACAUCAUUUCAAUGUAUAAACUGUCCUAGAUUUCAAGAACAUUUUGAUGAACACAGCAGUAACAUGGAAUUAAGGACUAAAUACAGACAUCUGAAAUAUUUACUGUCUGAUGAAAGUUUGAUGCUGCUUCCAGAAUAUCAACAAAGAAUUGAGGUGCUAAAAUCUUUGAACUACAUAGAUGAGCAUAAUGCAGUUCAGUUGAAAGGUCGUGUAGCUUGUGAGAUCAGUACACACGAACUGAUGAUAACAGAAUUAGUAUUUGAGAAUGCAUUGACUGAGUUACAUCCAACAGAGAUUGCUGCAUUAAUGUCAUGUGUUGUGUUUGAACAGAAGAGAGCCUCCGAACCAAAACUUAUUGAUACCCUUGUACAGGGGAAAGAAAAGAUCCUUGGUAUAGCCAGGAAGAUUGACUCUCUCCAGAGACAGUUUGGAAUACAAGCUCCUAUAGAUUACGAAGAAGAAUUCAAAUUUAAUUUGAUGGAAGUUGUUUUUGAAUGGGCAAGAGGAUUGCCCUUUUCUGAGAUAACAAACUUAACAGAUGUACAAGAAGGAAUAAUUGUGAGAUGUAUACAGAGACUUAAUGAAACAUUACGAGAUGUAAGGAAUGCUGCCAGAAUUAUAGGAGAUCCUGUUCUUUAUCAGAAAAUGGAAGAAGCUUCCUCUAUGGUUAAAAGGGAUAUUGUGUUUGCUGCUUCAUUAUAUACUCAAUAAAUCUUUUAUCAGAAAAUGGAAGAAGCUUCCUCUAUGGUUAAAAGGGAUAUUGUGUUUGCUGCUUCAUUAUAUACUCAAUAAAAUCUUGCAUAGUAAUAACACCUCUACGAUCAGUCAUUUGUAGUUAUACUUGGAGGAGAUAACCGGAUUUACAUUUGUCCAUCCUUCAGUUUUUUUUGUCGGUAUAUCUGUCCCAUGAAAUAUUGUAGCAUUGUUUAAAGGAGCAACAAAUCAGAGCUUGAAAUUUACCAGAGUGGAAAUCUUCCUGUUAAUAAGUGAGCCUUUUGAAAAAAAAAUGUUGUCUUCAUAUACAGGUAUUCAACAAGCAGUUUAUGUUUUGCAUACACUGUAUGUUACCUCUAAUUUGAACCUUGUCAAUUAUAAAGUUCCACAAUAUAUCAUUUUACCUCAAGAUAAUAAACAUGUUCAUGGCAUAUUCUUAAAUUUGGAUUUUCAGAAUAAAUUUUUGUUGUUUUGAAUGGAUUUAAACAGAUUAUUGCAUGCCAGCUCACUAGGUUAUGAUGCAAUCAUAAAACAGACAUCAUUUAAAUGCACAUAAUAUUAAAUGUUUCAUAGCUAA